AUGCCCAUCAGGGCAGACCUGUAUCGCACCCGUCUCUUCCCGCCCGAGAACCGGGUCUCGUUGCAGAGGACGCGGAGCGACGCCCCGGACCUCGCGUCGGAGCCUGCCGUCCCGCGGCUCCGCUGCCCGUCUCUGGAGCGUUUCAGGGAGAGCCAUUUCAUCCCGCAAAAGCCCGUGGUGUUGGAGGGGGUUGUUGACCACUGGCCGUGUAUGAGGAAGUGGAGUGUGGAUUACCUCCGUGAAAUUGCUGGGUGGCGCACAGUCCCCGUGGAGCUAGGUUUGCGAUACACAGAUGAAGAAUGGUCUCAGGAACUCAUGACUGUGGAUGACUUCAUCAGUCAGUAUAUUGUGAACAAGAACAACGUUGGCUACCUUGCCCAGCACCAGCUGUUUGAUCAGAUCCCAGAAUUGAAGGAGGAUAUUAACAUCCCUGAUUAUUGCUGCCUGGGGGAAGGGGAAGAAGACCACAUCACCAUUAAUGCCUGGUUUGGCCCAGAAGGAACCAUCUCGCCUCUUCAUCAAGAUCCACAGCAAAAUUUCUUAGUCCAGGUAAUUGGAAGAAAAUAUAUCCGUCUGUAUUCUCCACAAGAAUCGGAAAACCUGUAUCCACAUGAAAGCCAAAUGCUCCACAACACCAGCCAGGUGGAUGUGGAAGAUCCCGAUCUAGUUAAGUUCCCCAGGUUUGAAAAGGCUGCCUUUCAGUCUUGUAUUCUGACACCGGGACAGAUUCUGUUUAUUCCAGUUAAAUAUUGGCACUACGUACGAUCCCUCGAUAUCAGCUUCUCUGUCAGCUUCUGGUGGUCGUAACUGUGACUGGGGGGGGGGCAUAGACUCUCGAAAGUAAGGUAAGGAAAAGUACAGCCUGCUGCAUGCUUACGUAGGAAGACCAUUCUCUUUCAAAAGAGGGCUUUUGGAAGAAAUUGUUCUUGUUUUCUGCCCACAGCAUAGAGCUGAAGUAGAAACCCGCGCUUCUUGCUUCAGGCUCGGUGAGACAUCUAGAUUAAAAAAACAAAAGCAGCAGCUACAACAGCCUGUUUGUUUUGUGGAUGUUUCUAGUACAGAUUCCUAAUAAAGAGCAUGUAUCGGAUCAUCCCCUCCUAUGUAUAUUCAGUGAAAACAAGACUAUAUACGGGCAUCAAACACGCAUUUCCCAGAGUGGAAAGAAAGGAGCAUGUGACUAAGUUAAGUUUACCCCUGUGUGUGGAUUUAAGAAUAGCCCUGGCUUUGACUAUGAUGGACAACACAUUUCUACAAAACCUCAGUAAAUAAGAGACUUGCCAACCUAAAACAAGGUGACAUUUCUCCGUGCAGUAAAAACUACUUCUAGGAAGGCUGGAAGUACAGUCCAUUGUCAGCUACAAUGCAGUUACAGCUCAGCUGCACCACUAAUGCUUUUCCUAUCUAUGAAAAAUGGAUUAUAUUCCUCACAUGGUAAUGGAUGGUUUCCUAGUGAACACUGUCUCUAUUGCAGUUCAUAGAAUAGUAGGGCUGGAAGAGACCUGUAAGAUCGUGUCCCCAUCUGCACCAGUAUCAAGAAAAACAGACAAUUUUAAUAUGAUUUUUAAAUAUAGCCACAGGAAAAGUAUUCGUAUUUAAAAUAUGAGCACUUCAGUCACCUCUCCUCUGUUGAUAUAACAAAAAUCCCGUUUGCUCAAGGAGUGGAUGGUGGACUAUGGACUGAAGAUAUAAUUUUCUUGAUUAAAGCUCUGAUACUACUAACGAUCACAGAAGUCUGGUUAUUA